AACAUGACGUGUCUGUGCAUUUCAUUGGCUGAUCUUCCGGCUGCUCGUCUCUUUCCUGUCUGAAGUCGCUUUACUUUGGGUUUUCGCGACCAACUAAGAAAGCAAAAUGAGGCGAAUAAUUGUAGCUGUUUUGGCUUUCUGUCUGGCGCUUUGUGCAGCUGAUACUUGCACAGAGCCAGUGAUCUCCACCUCAUCAUACACUACAGCUGAUGCCCUGAUCUCCUCUGAGACAGUCUUCAUUGUCGAGCUGAGCCUGGCCUGUGGCAAUGGAGCACAGAGUGUCGCCCUCUACGCAGACGUUAAUGGCAAACAGUUUCCUGUGACCAGAGGUCAGGAUGUGGGAAAAUAUCAGGUUUCCUGGAGUGUUCCCCACAAAGAAGCCAGCUCAGGCACAUAUCAAGUGAAGUUCUUUGAUGAGGAAGCUUACAGCACCCUGCGUAAGGCCCAGAGAAAUAAUGAAGAUGUAGAAGCUAUCAAGCCUCUGUUUUCUGUCAAUGUGGAGCACAGGGGUGCAUGGAGUGGUCCUUGGGUGUCAUCUGAGGUCCUGGCAGCUGUCAUUGGCAUUGUUCUGUACUAUUUGGCUUACAGCACUAAAAGUUCAAUUCAGGCAUAAAAUAUAGUGCUACAAUUGUGUAAAAACUUGGUCAUGUAAAAAUACUUCAUAACAGCCUUUAAGUAUUUCUUGUACCAGCAAGUUUUCUAUGUAAUUAUCACAUUCUGGCUUUAUGAAUAUCUGCUUGUCAAUGAAAUUCAUUGAAUAAAAAUGAACAUUUUUAA